GUACUCCGUGCUUUUGCAUACAUAUGGCUAUUGGCCAGGCUGCAGGACUCAGGACUCAGCCCCCGACACUCUCCGAAGAAGCCUUCGGCAAGCUGGCCGAGAUGGUUCGCAUGUGCCUUUCUGCUUUGGCCGAAAGGCUUGACUUGACAUUCAUCAGUCAAGCCACGAACUAUGGCCACGGCGCGGAACCCUCCGAUGGCCAAGGCCAGCAAAACAAAAGAUGUGUGUCAAUAGCGGCCCCCUUCCCUUUCAGCAAAUCUGACCAGCCACCAGAAGCGAUGCGCUGCCCAGUCAGGAGGGAGGCCAGGAGGUCAAUUAAAGUUAUUUAGUAUUAUAAAUUUAUUUUUGCUUUUUUUUCUUUUUACUUCACUAGAUAUAGAUAGCUGUGGUUUAGCAGUUCCCUCCCCCCUACAAUGGCCUCAAAACCGGAUCAAAGUGACGUUUAUCUUCUUUCAUAUCGCCGCGACGACGCCCAAGAAGACCACCGCCUCAACUCCCAACACGAUGUUAUUAAGCAUGCAAUCCUGGAAGGCCAACUGGUGCACCCCUCAAUCCCAGUCGUAGAGAUCACAAAGGCCAUUGCCGAUCUAGGCUGUGGCACUGGCAUCUGGCUCGACGACAUUAAGAACAUGCUCUUUCGCGGGACUGACACAGGUCCCCGUCUCGUAGGGUUCGACAUGAACCCCGGAGCUUUUAACAAGACCCCUGCUCCUGGCGUCCAGCUUAUCGAGCACGAUUGUACCAAGCCUUUUGACGACAGUUACAACGGCACGUUCGACCUCGUGAAUAUGCGCGGGCUCGCGUAUGCCUUGUCUAUCGAAGGCUUUUCUCUCGUGAUUAAACACGCCAUUAGGCUAUUGAGACCCGGAGGGUACCUCCAGUGGCUUGAGACUGAGACGAGGCUUUUUAAGGCUUAUCCAGCUACGCCGAGGAUAUCAAAAGCUCUAGCUGCUAUUAACCUCGAGCGGGAGCAGCGUGAACUUGCACCUUACCUUCCGCAUUUCAUGCUUCGAGAACUUCUGUCCCAGAAUUCAAGGCCCAGCGGUACCCUUGCGGAAGGGUCUGAGACAUCGACACUAAACGACCGUUUUUCAGAGAUAGUGCUAGAAUCAAUGAAACUUCUACUCAACGCCUCUUUGGUUCGUGCAAAGUCACAAGAUGGUCAUUUGACCAAGGAAAUCCAGCCUGAUAAUCAGGGACGUUUGGAAGAAAUACAGGCGCUGAUGAAUUACAUUGAUGAAGUUCGUAAGUCCGGUGAAGUUAAGAUGGGUGGCGUGUUCCCGCAGGUAAUAGCACGAAAGUUGGAUGAUGUUCUACCCAAGUAUGGUGAUAGUGCAUGAACCUUAGGUAGGGACUAGAGACUAGAGUAUCGAGAGUUCGAUUAUAAAGAUCACUGGAAAGCAGCUUUCUUGUGAUGAUGGUUACUAUGUCUCCAAUGUGGGUAA